AUGGCUCAAGUUGCCGAGCAGGACUUUUUCGGCGGGGCGAUCCGCGGGGUUGUGCCGCAGCGCUGGAUUGAUGGAAGUGACCUCCGUGAAAUUCCUGACCACCAAGAGCUCUUCCUCUCCCCAGAAACACUCUCAACCUUCAUCAUCGAAAUCAACCAACGCGUAUCCCAGGAAGAAGCACUCAGCACCUUCACCACCUUCAGCCACCAACACCCAAACCUGACCGCCAACAGCGGCACCGCAGCCAUCGCCAGCCCCGAAACAAUCGACCAAGCCGCCGCCCUGCACCACCUAAAUGAUCUAUGCGACGAAGGCGACGCAAUGCAAAUCGUCACUCCGCCCACGCGCGUGAACCCGACUCGCCUUGCCGCGUCCGCGCCACCCGGUUCAUCGCUCAGCGCGUACAAGGGCGUUGUCCAGUUCUUGAGUACUUCGCGUCGACGGGGUGGGCGGGUUCAUGCUGCUGUUAAUGGGACUACUGAGGCUAUUACGGACGCGGCUGUGGCUGGGGCGGCGCUGAAUGGGACGUCUGGGGCGCCGCCGGUCGCUAAGGUGACGUGCCAUUAUUUGAUGGUGCGGUUAGAGGCGCAGGAGACGGAUUUGUUGGUGUUUUUCAAUGUGCCUCAUGAGGAGUUUGAUAAGAAUGGGGAUGCGCGGGGAUUGUCGAGGGAGGAGAAUGUUGCGGAGGAGACUGUGAGUGCGUUGGUGGGUCAGUUGGAGAUUCGGGAUUGGGGUUUGUUUGUUUAA